GUCUCUGCAGAACACCAUGAAGGUCGUGUUGGGCAUCCUGGUUCUUCUCCACUGCGCAGCAGAGGCACAUCUCCACUCUGGCACGCACUUGCCGAUUCUUCCUGAGCAACAUCCGAAGAAUCCGACCCUUCCUCACCAACUAUGCUACCCAGCUCCUGGUCCAGGCCCUGGUACUCUCCCGCCUAGACUACUGCAACUCCCUCCUGGCUGGCCUCCCUGCGUCCGCCACCCGUCCGCUCCAGCUCAUCCAGAACUCUGCUGCUCGCCUGGUGUUCUCUCUACCUCGCUUCGCCCACGCUACUCCACUACUCCGCUCGCUCCACUGGCUCCCGAUCACCGCUCGCAUCCAGUUCAAGACUCUUGUACUAGCCUACAGAUGCCUUGAUCAGACUGCACCCAGCUACCUCCAGACCCUCAUCUCUCCCUACACCCCCACUCGACCUCUCCGCUCCGCCUGCACUAGAAGACUGGCUCUACCUCCGCUACGCUCCCCUGCCUCCCGAGCCCGCUCCUUCUCCACCCUUGCUCCGCAGUGGUGGAACGACCUUCCUACAGAUGUCAGGACUGCCCAGUCCCUGACCACAUUCCGGCGCCUCCUUAAGACUCACCUCUUCAAACAGCACCUGUAGAACUCCUCUGUUGUAUCCUGGGACACUAUCACCCUUCAUUUAAAUAUGCUUUAUUUUGCUCUUAUCUGCCCCCUAUUUUACUGCAUUUAAUCCUGUACCUCAGAAUAUUGUAAUCUCCCAAGUGUUUAAUCUGUAGUAUUUUGUACUUAAUCAUAUCCUGAUGUAACUAUCACUACUUAAUCAUAUCCUGAUGUAACUUUCACUAUUAUCUGCUGUAUUAUUGAAUUGUGGUUUGUCACACUUGAGAAUUAUUGUAUUUCUUGUUCUUAUUGUAUGACUUAUAUUGUAACACUUGAAUGUAUUUGUAUUUGCUUGCGAUUGUAAGUCGCCCUGGAUAAGGGCGUCUGCUAAGAAAUAAAUAAUAAUAAUAAUAAUAAUAAGAUGUGUCAUUUCUAUGUUUUAUAUUCCUACCUGUGUGAUUUACAUUUUUCACUCAGUAAUCAGUGAUAUACAAACAAAUGAUAGACCACGUUGUGCUUUAAUCUUAAACAGCCAUGUGCUCCUUUUUCUCUAUGUUUUUUUAAUGCACUGCAUUUGUGGCCUAUUGAACUCAUCAGUAUAUUAGUCCAGUUUUACAAUUUAGACUAAUUUGCUUAUUUUUACAAUUUUCCAAGAUUUUCACUUCCAGUGGUUUGAUUUUAUCUGUACAAGAACAGAUAAAAUUUUAUCUGUCUACAGAAGCAACCGGGAGUUCUAAUUUUUUUUUUUUUGUUUGUUUGACUGCAUAUAUAUUUAUUAUAAAACAUGUGAGAUAAAUAGAAAUGUCUUUGGGGGGAAAAUCAGUUUAUUGGACAAAUAGUACAAAAUAAACAAAAAAAUAGACAUAAUAAUAAAAUCAGCACAUAUUAAAAAUACAACAUACACAUAAUAUAUACAACACGUUUAUCUGUGAAAAUAAUAAUAAUGAUAUUUUAAUAAGCGCGGCAUAUUUGAAGGCGUGCGCACAGAUAUCUCGCGCACAUGAGUAUAAAUGGCCGUUAGUGUGCGCGCGCAACUGUAACUGCCUGCCGUUCUCGUCAACACAACAUCGGCUCGAGCGAGGUGACCAUUAUAAAACUGUUGAGGCUCCUCUUUAAAACACUUAAAAUGUCAAAAAAAAAACUGAAUAACCGCCACGUUUGGGUUUUCUGGGUGAAGAAUAAAGAGGUCAGUAUUACCUAUGAAAAUGUGUUGAAGACAAAGAGCUCCUGUCAGAUCCAGAGCGGACUAGCCUUGUAGAACACGGAUCAAUUCACAUGAAGAAGCCCAAAGAUUACCCGGCAAGAGUUUUAGCAGUGAGUGUGCAAACCCUGUCAUGCUAUACUUGUGCUGCUGGGACUCCUUACACCACUUGUAUGACCAGUGAAAACUGUGCAGCUGAUAUACCAUCGUGUUUCAGUGCUUAUACAAUCACAGGAAGCACCAUCACUGUUAAAAAAGGCUGCACGCCCACUUGUGUACCUGACCCACAAACAUUCUGUUGCACUACAAACAACUGCAAUGUGGUACAGCUGCCAUGCUACACCUGCCUUAAAACGAGUGAUGAAUCAACAUGUACUAUUACCAUCUGCGGCUUCUCAGAGAUUGUGUGUAAGAACACCUUCGAGAAAACUGGAACAGGACCAACUGCCACCUACUCUGUGUCAAAGACCUGUGCUACCAGAGCGACUUGUAUUAAUCAACAGGAUGCAUUUCCUCUAUUGUUAUGCUGCGGACAAGCCAGGUGUAAUGUGAUAUUCAUAUGCUUCACAUGUGAUGAAACAACCGAUGAAAGUUCCUGUACUCCAACUUUCUGUGAAAAAGGAACAUUCUGCAAGAGUGACUACAAACUGAACGGGGCAGUGCCUGUUGUCACUAAGUCCUGUGCAGCUGAUUGCAAAGCUGUUGACAAUACAGCAGACAAAAACGUGAGGACAACUUGCUGCAAAACGGGAUUUUGUAAUGAAAACGCCUUGAGUUGCAACACUUGUACUAAUGAAGCUGACGAACCUAAAUGUGCAGCAACAGCCUGCGCUGCAGCUGACACACGAUGUCAGAGCACUUAUACCCUCACUGCCCCAGAUGUUCCAGUAUCAAAGGCAUGUGCUGAGGCUUGCACACCAUCCGCUACUGUGAAGUGCUGCGGUACAUCUCAGUGUAACGGUAAUGCUAACGUUAUUGUUAAUUAUACAAUGGCAGUCACUGAGGCGGCACACUGAUUGGUCACAUGUUCACAUGUUCUAACUGGAGAACUUUAACAAAACACCACCUGGAGGCAAACAAACAAAAC